AUGUCGGAUUCAGUGGAUCGUGUCUUCGUCCAUGCCCUUAACACGGUGAAACGCAUUCCCCGCACGGGGACCGCUAGACCGCCGGCGUCGGAGAGAUUGAAGCUCUAUGGCUUGUAUAAGCAGAGCAUGGAAGGCGAUGUCGAAGGCGUCAUGGAUCGACCGGUCGGGAAUACUGCGGAUGUGUUUAUGGAGUGUGAGAAAUGGGACGCAUGGCACGCCCAACGAGGUCUCUCCCGCACAGAAGCCAAACGACGCUACAUCUCCACCCUCAUCGAAACCAUGCAUAACUACGCUUCCCAAACAGCCGAGGCAAGGGAACUCGUCGCCGAAUUGGAAUUCGUUUGGGAUCAGAUUAAAUCCAACCCGUCUUCGUCGUCUAUGUCCUCGUCCCAGGAACCGGGUAGUCCGGUGGCUUCUGCAGCGGUGUCGAUGCGUGAUCAUGCGAGGUUACAGCCGCAGUCUAGUAAUAGAUUGACUCGUCCGGAGUAUGAGCAGCUACUUGCCAAUACGGCUAGAGGAAGAGGGAGUGAGAGACUACGGGUGUUAAGUCCGGUUAGUCAGGCGGAGUCAGGGUUUCGGCGACAGAUGGAGGAGGAGCCAGCAGAAGAGGAGGAAGAAGAGGAAGAGGAGGAAGUGUACGCGGAAGCACAGGAUAAUCUAUUCGAGAAUGAAGAAGGAGAAGAUGAUGACGAAGAAGGACACAUGGAGGAAGAAGAGUACAACAACAAUCACGACCGUCACGAAUCGCAUGACUAUCACCAACAAGGAUACAACUUCCCCUCCCACCAGGAAGAAUACGAUCACGAUCACCACCACCAUGAUACCCUAAGUCGAAGACGACCACCCCCACCCCCCGACGACUCCAAACGCUGGCGUCGCACAGUCGAGCAGGCCUUGACGACCAUGACCGCGGAAAUCGCCGCCGUGCGAGAACAACUGGAAGCGCGAGCGUUAGCUCAUCGUCGACGAACGGGCCUGUGGGCCUGGCUGAAGUGGUUAGUUUGGGUCGCUGCACGGCAGAUCAUGGUUGAUUUGGCGCUGCUGGGUAUGCUUCUUAUUUGGAUGAGACUGCGAGGAGAUCGCAGGUUGGAGGAGAAGUUGAAGGUAGUUUCAUACUUCAGUCCAUAG